UUUUCCCUGCCUGAUGCCUGGGAUGCAUCAGCUGAAAAUUGCUUCCCCACAAUCCAUCUCCUGACUAGACAGGAGAGAUGUGCUCCUGUCACUCAUUUGGUCACUCAUGUCUGGACAUACACUAACACAAUAAUAUUGUAUGUGGGCUUCAGGAACAGACAGUCAGCUUUGUGGUAGCUCCUGGAGCUGAAAAACUGUUAAAUGUCAUUGAAAAGACAAGUUUUCACACAUAAAAUAGCAACUUCUUUUUUUUUUUAUUCACACUGGAAAGUGGGCAGUCCUAAAGAGAACCCCCCCAGCCCCCAAAAAGAGGAAAGCACUAUAUAAGGAUUGCAAGAUGUUUCUGUGCCUUACCUACAUGACCCCAAAGGACUGUUACAAUCACACUUCCACACUAUCUCAUUUUUUGUCAUUUCCCUAAUGGAGCUGAUCCUGACCUAAUUUCAAUGUUUUUUGUACAGACAAUAUCAUCUUGUCUGAACUUUAAAUGCCCAGCUGCUUUCUGACAUUGUGAAAGAAAAGAGUACACUCUGAAAACCUACUUAUGUCAGAAAGAUAUUGUUCUUAACUGUACUUUCCAGUCAAGUGUCACCGUUUUCAUCGCAGCAGUGGAGACAGAACAGCCAUCAGACAGAAAUAUUUCCUCUCAGCAAAGGAAGGUGCCUUCAGCUUGCACAGCUCUGACCAUUCAUUCAAGAUAUACUGGCAUAAAUGAACAAUUCAACAUGUUUUCUUCAGCCAUCCUCAGCUACCACUGUAGCUCUGCCUGUCAUCUACUCCUGCCUAUUCCCUGCUGGAAGCUUUGGAAACAUUCUCGCUGCCUGGAUACUUUCAAAGAAAGCACCCACAAGGAAAACACAAUACAUUUACCUGGCAAACCUUGUGACUGCAAAUCUGUUUGUAUGCAGCACAAUGCCCUUCCUGGCUGCCUACUUUGCAGGAGGGAAGCGCUGGAGCUACGAGUCCUUGGAAUGCCGGAUAGCGUGUCACCUCGGGACUCUGGUCAUGCACGUCUGCAUGUAUGUGACCAUUAUCAUCCUGUGCUCAAUUGCUCUGAGCCAGUAUGCAACGCUGAAGAAGAACUGGGACACACAGUACUCCCAAGCAGUUAAUGAAAACUUCUCCAGAUGUUUGCUUCAAGCGUUUCGUCGGCCAAAAUUUGCUAAAUAUUUGUGCAUCGGUAUAUGGCUUACUGUGCUCUGCAUAACAGUAACAGCUAUAACAUAUGAUGUCCAGGCAAAGGCUUUGGAAUACUUUCCCAGCUGCUACAACAUCCAGGUAGAAGCUAGUGAAUCUACUGCAAUGAUUGCAGGUUCUGUUGCCACUGCAUGUUUUUUUGUGUCUUUUAUGACAGUUUUGUGGUCAUACUAUUCUCUUACCAGACAUCUGAAUGACAUACAAAAAAACAGUUGUAUUGGACAAAAACAUCUAAUUUACAGUAAAGUGAAAAGAAACAUUCUUGUCAUCCAGAUGAUAUUAACUGUCUGCUUUCUUCCGUAUCAUAUUUUUAGGCCUGUUUUUUACAUACUGCUUAGACAUAAUGACUGCCCAAGGUUAAACUAUUUAGUGGAAAUUAAAAAUUUCCUUACUUGCCUUGCUGCUGCUAAAAGCAGUUUAGAUCCAGUUAUAACCCUUCUGUUAGAUAAAACAUUUAAGAAAAGUCUUUAUGGCCUGUUUACAAAAUCCACACCAGAACAUCAAAAACGUGACAUUGAUAUUUUCACUGAAAUGGGAAGGAAUAUGGAAAGAUUUUAGUAACUAUAACUAUCAAUAAAUUGAUUUUAACUACCU